GCAGAUUUACACGGCGCGAGGCACGGGUUGCUCGCAGGUUCAAGUAGUUGCCAACAGGUCUGUUUAUUGGUAAACGAACGUAUUCGCAGUUACUGCAACAAAAUAAGAGAACUAUUAGCUUGAACACGCUUGGUUAGUCCUUGUUGUCAGACGGGUUGCCAACUUCUCGUCCCCAGGACGCUUUCGGGGCUUAUUUCAAGAUGAAGGCGUAAGCGAGAUGCAUGAUGGCUGUUGCAUUCGUCCAUUGAUGGAGGCCCGAUGUGUGAGGAGCGAACAUCGUGCACGGGCGUUGCGUUCUGCUGCCUUUAGUCCCAGUCAUGAUGCUGUUGGUUGAGUCGCCCGCGUUUGAAGGCACCGCGAUUGUUUUGUUGAACGUCCUUGUGCCCCCGCCGUUUCUGGCUCCAUCUUAGGAUUGCGCGGGUGCUCCCUGCCACGGCGCUGGGGCUCUUGCUGCUGGCAUCAAUAGCUAGCGCACGUGUGAUGCGAGGUGACGCCAUGACCGCCGAGGGCAGCCGGGCGAGCAAGCGUGCCCAGCUGCGCAACGUGCUGCGCGGCCUCCAUCAGGCGGCUCCAGACUCGCAGCUGCUUCCUGACAAUGAGCCUACCCCCGCACCACCCAGCUUGCCGGAGGAUAAGGGCGCCACUCCCAGCCCCUCGGGUGACAGCGAAAUGGCAACAGGUGCGCCCACGUACCCGCCAUGGGCCCCGUUACCUCCCAACUCGCCCGGCGACAUCCGCCGUGACCCCGACUUAUCUGGAAGCAACGGCGCGCCUUCCUUCCCCCCGUCGGACGCGGCGGGGCUCGAGGGGCAGGGCUCUCACAAGCCGCCGCCGCAGCAGCAGGGGCAGAGCCCGCAAGCGGCGGCUGAGUCUGCGCACGCCGGCCAGAUAGACCACGGUGGAGGGACUGGCUGAGGCCGGGGGCGCCGAGGUGGUCGCGGAGGGGGAGGGGCCGGGUGUGGAGGGGGAGGGCGGUGGGGAAGUCAGCGGCGGGUAAGGCCCCUGGGGAGGCCUUUCAGCUGCUGCUGUUAGUUGCACCCUCUCCAUGUGGGUCCCACUCCAGGACAAAUUGUG